UUCUUUGGCUGCAGCUCUAACCGACCGGCAGGAUGUCGGGCGCCUCGGUGAAGGUGGCCGUCCGCGUGCGGCCCUUCAACUCCCGCGAGACCAGCAAGGAGUCCAAGUGCAUCAUCCAGAUGCAGGGCAACUCCACCAGUAUUAUUAACCCAAAGAACCCAAAAGAGGCUCCAAAGUCCUUCAGCUUUGACUAUUCCUACUGGUCUCACACCUCGCCUGAAGACCCCUGCUUCGCCUCUCAGAACCGUGUGUACAAUGACAUCGGGAAGGAGAUGCUCUUACAUGCCUUCGAGGGCUACAAUGUCUGUAUUUUUGCCUAUGGCCAAACUGGUGCUGGGAAAUCUUACACCAUGAUGGGCAAACAGGAGGAGAGCCAGGCGGGCAUCAUUCCACAGUUAUGUGAAGAGCUCUUUGAGAAGAUCAACGACAACUGCAAUGAAGAGAUGUCUUACUCCGUAGAGGUGAGCUACAUGGAGAUCUACUGUGAGAGAGUGCGAGACUUACUGAACCCCAAGAACAAGGGCAACCUGCGCGUCCGCGAGCACCCGCUCCUCGGCCCCUAUGUGGAGGACCUGUCCAAGCUCGCCGUCACCUCCUACACGGACAUCGCCGACCUCAUGGAUGCCGGGAACAAAGCCAGGACCGUGGCAGCCACCAACAUGAAUGAAACCAGUAGCCGUUCCCACGCUGUGUUUACCAUUGUUUUCACGCAGAAGAAACUUGAUACUGAAACCAACCUUUCUACUGAAAAGGUCAGCAAAAUCAGCUUGGUGGAUCUAGCUGGAAGCGAACGAGCAGAUUCAACGGGCGCCAAAGGAACUCGGUUGAAGGAAGGAGCAAAUAUUAAUAAGUCUCUGACAACUUUGGGCAAAGUCAUUUCCGCUUUGGCAGAGGUGGAUAAUUGCACCAGCAAGAGCAAGAAGAAGAAGAAAACAGAUUUUAUUCCCUACAGAGAUUCUGUUCUGACUUGGCUCCUUCGAGAAAAUCUCGGUGGCAAUUCGCGGACUGCAAUGGUCGCGGCCCUGAGCCCUGCGGACAUCAACUACGACGAGACCCUGAGCACGCUCAGAUAUGCGGAUCGUGCAAAGCAGAUCAAGUGCAAUGCGGUCAUCAACGAGGACCCCAACGCCAAGCUCGUCCGGGAGCUCAAGGAGGAGGUGACGCGGCUCAAGGACCUUCUCCGUGCCCAGGGCCUUGGCGAUAUUAUUGAUAUCGAUCCACUGAUGGACGAUUACUCUGGAAGUGGAGGCAAAUAUCUGAAAGAUUUUCAGAACAAUAAGCAUAGGUACUUGCUAGCCUCUGAGAAUCAACGCCCUGGCAAUUUCUCCACAGCGUCCAUCGAGUCCCUCACUUCCUCCCCGUCCUCCUGCUCGCUCAGUAGCCAGGUGGGCUUCCCGUCCGCCAGCAGCAUCCAGGAGCGGAUCAUGUCCACCCCGGGGGGAGAGGAAGCCAUCGAGCGCCUGAAGGAAUCCGAGAAGAUCAUCGCUGAGUUGAAUGAAACCUGGGAGGAAAAGCUACGGAAAACUGAAGCCAUCAGGAUGGAGAGGGAGGCCCUGCUGGCCGAGAUGGGCGUGGCCAUCCGGGAAGACGGAGGGACGCUGGGGGUCUUCUCACCUAAGAAGACCCCGCAUCUCGUCAAUCUCAACGAGGACCCGCUGAUGUCAGAAUGCCUGCUUUAUUACAUCAAAGAUGGAAUCACAAGGGUUGGCCAAGCAGACGCUGAGCGGCGCCAGGACAUUGUGCUGAGUGGGGCCCACAUUAAAGAAGAGCAUUGUAUCUUCCGGAGCGAGCGCGGCGGCGGUGGCGACGUGAUCGUAACGCUCGAACCCUGUGAGCGCUCUGAGACCUACGUCAAUGGCAAGAGGGUGGCCCAGCCCGUCCAGCUGCGCUCAGGAAACCGGAUCAUCAUGGGUAAAAACCACGUGUUCCGUUUUAACCACCCGGAGCAAGCGCGGGCUGAGCGGGAAAAGACUCCUUCUGCCGAGACCCCAUCCGAGCCUGUGGAUUGGACCUUUGCUCAGCGAGAGCUUCUGGAGAAACAAGGAAUCGACAUGAAGCAGGAGAUGGAGAAAAGGCUUCAGGAGAUGGAGAUCCUCUACAAAAAGGAGAAGGAAGAAGCAGACCUUCUCCUGGAGCAGCAGAGACUGGACUACGAGAGCAAACUGCAGGCCUUGCAGAAGCAGGUGGAGACCCGGUCGCUCGCCGCAGAGACCACCGAGGAGGAAGAAGAGGAAGAAGAAGUGCCGUGGACACAGCACGAGUUCGAGCUGGCCCAGUGGGCCUUCCGGAAGUGGAAGGCCCACCAGUUCACGUCUCUGCGGGACUUGCUCUGGGGCAAUGCCGUUUACCUGAAGGAGGCCAACGCCAUCAGCGUGGAGCUGAAGAAGAAGGUCCAGUUCCAGUUCGUGCUGCUCACAGACACGCUGUACUCCCCGUUGCCCCCCGAGCUGCUUCCCAGCGAGAUGGAGAAAGCCCACGAGGAGAGACCCUUCCCCCGCACGGUGGUGGCCGUGGAGGUCCAGGACCUGAAGAACGGAGCGACCCAUUACUGGUCCCUGGAGAAGCUCAAGCAGAGGCUGGACCUGAUGCGGGAGAUGUAUGACCGGGCAGGGGAGAUGGCGUCCAGUGGCCAGGACGACAGCGAAGCCACUCUGACCGGCAGUGACCCGUUCUACGAUCGCUUCCACUGGUUCAAGCUUGUUGGGAGCUCCCCCAUUUUCCACGGCUGUGUGAAUGAGCGCCUUGCCGACCGCACGCCCUCCCCCACUUUUUCCACGGCCGAUUCCGACAUCACGGAGCUGGCUGACGAGCAGCAGGACGCCAUGGAGGAUUUUGAUGAUGAGGCGUUCGUGGAUGACACCGGCUCUGACGUGGGCACGGAGGAGGGAUCAGACCUCUUCAGUGACGGGCACGACCCGUUCUACGACCGGUCCCCUUGGUUCAUUUUAGUGGGAAGGGCGUUCGUUUACCUGAGCAACCUGCUGUACCCCGUGCCGCUGAUCCACAGGGUGGCCGUGGUCAGCGAGAAGGGCGAGGUGCGGGGCUUCCUGCGUGUGGCGGUCCAGGCCAUUGCAGCGGACGAAGAGGCUCCGGACUAUGGCUCCGGUAUCCGGCAGUCGGGGACAGCUAAGAUAUCUUUUGACAACGAGUACUUCAAUCAGAGCGAUUUCCCCUCCGUGGCAAUGACACGCUCGGGCCUGUCCUUGGAGGAGCUCCGCAUCGUGGAAGGGCAGGGCCAGAGUGCCGACGUCCUCUCUCCGCCCGAGGAGCUCAGCCGCGUGCACGACCCAGAUCUGAAGUCCGGUACUCUGCUGGACGGGAAGAUGGUGAUGGAGGGCUUCUCGGAGGAGGUUGGCCACCACUUGAAGCUGGGCAGUGCCUUCACCUUCCGCGUGACCGUGCUGCAGGCCAGUGGCAUCCUGCCUGAGUACGCCGACAUCUUCUGCCAGUUCAACUUUUUGCAUCGCCACGAUGAAGCGUUCUCCACGGAGCCCCUGAAGAACAACGGCAGAGGAAGUCCCCUGGGCUUCUACCACGUGCAGAAUAUUGCAGUGGAGGUCACCGAAUCCUUCGUGGAGUAUAUCAAAACCAAGCCCAUCGUCUUUGAAGUCUUCGGCCACUAUCAGCAGCACCCGCCUCACCUGCAAGGCCAAGAGCUCAACAGCCCCCCGCAGCCAUGCCGACGAUUCUUCCCGCCGCCCAUGCCUCUCUCCAAGCCAGUUCCAGCCACCAAGUUGAACACCAUGAGCAAGACCAGCCUCGGCCAGAGCAUGAGCAAGUAUGACCUCCUGGUGUGGUUCGAGAUCAGCGAGCUGGAGCCCACGGGAGAGUACAUCCCAGCAGUGGUUGACCACACAGCGGGCCUGCCGUGCCAGGGGACCUUCCUGCUGCACCAGGGCAUCCAGCGGAGGGUGACGGUGACCAUCAUCCAUGAGAAGGGCAGUGAGCUCCACUGGAAGGAUGUGCGGGAGCUGGUGGUGGGUCGGAUCCGGAACAAGCCCGAGGUGGACGAGGCCGCGGUGGACGCCAUCCUCUCCCUCAACAUCAUCUCCGCCAAGUACCUGAAGCCCUCGCACAGCUCCAGCAGGACCUUCUACCGAUUCGAGGCCGUGUGGGAUAGCUCCCUCCACAACUCCCUCCUCCUCAACCGGGUGACGCCCUACGGAGAGAAGAUCUACAUGACGCUGUCGGCCUACCUGGAGCUGGACCACUGCAUCCAGCCAGCCGUCAUCACCAAGGACGCCUGCAUGGUCUUCUACUCCCGCGACGCCAAGAUCUCGCCACCCCGCUCGCUGCGCGGCCUCUUCGGCAGCGGCUACUCCAAGUCACCGGACUCCAACCGAGUCACUGGGAUUUAUGAGCUCAGUUUAUGCAAAAUGGCGGACACAGGAAGUCCAGGCAUGCAGAGGAGACGCAGGAAAGUGCUGGACACGUCCGUGGCCUACGUGCGUGGGGAGGAGAACCUGGCGGGCUGGCGGCCACGCGGGGACAGCCUCAUCCUGGAGCACCAGUGGGAGCUGGAGAAGCUGGAGCUGCUGCACGAGGUGGAGAGGACGCGCCACUUCCUGCUGCUGCGGGAGCGGCUGGGCGACAGCGUCCCCAAGUCCCUGAGCGACUCGCUGAGCCCCAGCCUGAGCAGCGGCACCCUCAGCACGUCCACCAGCAUCUCGUCCCAGAUCUCCACCACCACCUUCGAGAGCGCCGUCACGCCCAGCGAGAGCAGCGGCUACGACUCGGCCGACAUCGAGAGCCUGGUGGACCGCGAGAAGGAGCUGGCCACCAAGUGCCUGCAGCUCCUGACACACUCGUUCAACAGGGAGCUCAGCCAGGUGCAUGGCAGCGCCAGCGACUGUAAGCUGUCCGACAUCUCCCCCCUGGGCCGGGCCUCCUCUGUGUCCAGCCUCAGCAGCGCCACCCUGACGCCGUCCUCCACCUGCCCAUCCCUGCUGGAGUCACGCAGCAACUCUCUGGACCAGAAGACCCCCGAGGCCAGCUCCCGGGCCUCCAGCCCCGGCCCCGACUAUGAGCAGUUCCAGAUUGUCCCGGCUGUGGAAACACCAUUUUUGGCCCGAGCCGGAAAGAACGAAUUCCUCAACCUUGUUCCAGAUAUUGAAGAAAUCAGACCAGGCUCCGUGGUCUCCAAGAAGGGCUACCUGAACUUCAGGGAGCCCCUUUCCAACAGCUGGGCCAAGCACUUCGUGGUGGUCCGCCGGCCCUAUGUGCUCAUGUACAACAGUGACAAGGACCCGGUGGAGCGCGGCGUCAUCAACCUGUCCACGGCCCAGGUGGAGUUCAGCGACGACCCGCAGGCCCCCGCCAAGGUGCCCAACACCUUUGCCGUCUGCACGAAGCACCGGGGGGUCCUCCUGCAGGCGCUCAACGACAAAGACAUGAACGACUGGUUAUAUGCCUUCAACCCCCUGCUCGCCGGCACCAUCCGGUCCAAGCUGUCCCGCAGAUGCCCGAGCCAAGCCAAGUUCUGAGCGGCCGCGCGCGCCGCCCGCCUUUGCGAUAUAAAGGAAGUGUCACCCUCACCUCUGUGGCUCUGUCCGCGCCCCCUGCUGCCCCCUCGCGCUCCAGACCCCCCCUCCCGCUCCGGACCUCCCCUCUGUGCUGAGACUCUCGUUAGUAGCAUGUGGCCUAACCCAAGGGGGGAGGGACACACCCGCCCGCCCACCCAGCCCGAGCCCCCCGGCCGCCUGCAGCUCCGGUUCUUGGUGAUUUUGGUCCCUUUCGCCGCCGCCCGGUCCCCGCCUUGUCCACCCCUCACGCCCGUCCCUCCGUGUGCGGGGACUUGGUCUCCUCUGCGGGAAGGUGUCACGCUUGGCUUCCUCCGGCCGUCGUGGUUUAGAGCCUGCGCGAGGUGCCGCCCCGUCUGCCCGGCAGUGUCCCUUGGGUGAAGGGUGGGGGUCGGGCACGGGGACAGGGAGAGUCUCCGAAACCGAGGCAGCAGCCUGCCAGGGGCUGCCGGGAGAGGCGGAGGGCCUGGCUCCCCCGGGUGGGUUCGGUGGGCCGGGCAGGCUGUGAGGGUGAGGCGGCCGGUGAGGGAGCCCGGGACCCGCCCCGUCCGUGUCCUGCUGUUCACACUUGCGCCACACGAGGGCACCGUCCACCUUCUGGACCCGGGUGGCACCUGCUUCGCUGAAAGGCUGGUUAGUGGCUUUCAAGUGUGGACGCCGGCCACGGCCGUGACCCCUCAGAUGGGAAAUGCAUUAACUGGAGGCCCCUUCUGGGUCCCAGAGCAAACCGGGAAGUGUCCCCAAAUCCCUGUGGCUUAAACCUGUGACUCAGCUGGUCAGCCCUACCUGGCUGGGAAACAUCACCUGAGGACAGGGGACACCGGCUGGAGCCCUCCCUGCUGACCCCGUGGAAGGUGCUGGAAGGUUCUGGAAAGCGGUUGUGCAAGAACGGUAGGGGAGAGCUUUGACGGACACACAUGUCCCUGCCUGCCACAGGCUCCCAGGGAAGCGGCUGUGCCCACUCUGUGCAGGACUGAGGGCCCGUGGCCUUGAGUCCGCUCUCAGGAGAGGACCCACCAGGUGGCCCGGGGGAGGCGCAUCUUCCACACUCCGGCCUCACCCUGUCUCGCCCACAGAGGGAAGGGGGCUCGGGGACGCAGGAACCCCCAGACCCGUGACCCCAGCAAGUGGUGGAAACACUCAGGAGCUUUCUGGAAGGUUCUUCCCCUCCUUAACUGUAGGAUGCUGGCUGUGGCGUUGCUUGUUUCCUAAGUGGUCUGUGAAAGUUUUAAUGUCGUUCCGGGUUUGCUCAUUGUCUAACGGACAAAAUAGGCCCUCGGGGCGUCCCGCUGGGCCGGACUCGGGGUGUGGUGGGCAGCUCCUGGACCGGAACCACCCCUCACCGCAGGGUCGUCGGCAAGAUGGAACUUGGGCUUUUGCAGAUGAAAUCCUGGACGCCGUUGGGGUGCCCAGCACGUGGCCCGGCUCUGUGGUGUGGGGAGGCGGGAGGCUGGGGCCGGGGACCAUGUGACACAGGGAUGGGCGGGUGCUUAGCCGCAAUGCCAAUGCUGAUGCCGCUGGCUCGGGUAGUCUUUGCUCUGGAGGUGCCAGACGGCCAAACAGGCUGGACUGGACGGCCACAACUGGCCGGUGAGAGGCCCCGAGGCUGCGCUGCCCACGGCCUGCCCUGCCAGGGCUGGCGCCACCCAGGACCUCAGCGCCCCUUUGCCGAGAGGAGUCGGGCGGUCUCGGGCAGAACCCCAGGAAGCCCGGAGCAGGCUCCAAGGCUGGGUCCGGAGGCGGGUGGGCAGGAAGUGCCACUGGAGAGAAGCCCCUUGAGAGCGCCUUUCCGCACCUGUAUUUCCCCUCCUUGGAGCAACGGAAUGAAGGGAAGGAGAAAACCCUCCCCGGAUUACAGAGAGGCGAGGCCGCCCUGUAUGAGUGAGAAUCUCCCCCACCCCUCCUUCCUGCCAGCUCAUCCCGCCUCCCCUCCCUGCCCCCCGAGAGUCAGCCAGCUCUCACCGCUGCGGGGGGCCGGCCAGCCCCCACACAGCCGGGUGCAGGGAAGGGCGGGCACCCAUCCCCCUGCCCGGCUGAGAAAUCAGCGUUGUCCACUUCCACUUACUCCCAGCCCCCCCUUCCCGCCCCCACCCCUGCCUGGGACUCGGCCCCUGUCCUGGGGGAGAUUCUGAUAAGAUUCUGAUAAGAUCCCUGAAAGGGUCCAUCGGGUCCUGGUGGUCCAAACGGGCGCCUGGCCCCUGCUUCAAAGCAAAGACUGGCCCGCCCUCGCCGUCUCCCUCACCGUGGCUCAUCAGAGCGAGGGCCGGGCGGGAUGGCGCUGGCCACGGGCCCCAACUGCCCCGAAGCACCCGCGUGGGAUUAGGGCCGGCUCGUUUGCUGGACGUGGGUCUCCAGAGUUCCUUUUGGCUCCCUUUGAAACCACGUGAUUAUUAAUCUGCUCCUUAACAUGCAAAGACUAACUCUGCUUCUUCAGGCUUGCUGAGCGCCGCCCCGCCCCUGCCAUAGGCAUGGGGGUCUGUGCUGCCGUCGGCAGGGGCGUGCCAGCCGAGAGUGGGUCUGAGGCCCUGGGAAAGCUCUGGAAAGGAGGUUUAAAGGCAGGAACGGUCGUUGGCACGGGUCCUUUGCUCAGAGACUCCCGCCCGGGGGCUGCUCGCAGAGGGACGCUCAGCCGAGGCGGUCUCUGGCGGGGCCUGGCUGCUGGCUGCGGCCCCCGUGUCUGAGCUCCCACGCCCUCACGACGAACAUCCUGGCACCGUUUCUCCUGAGGAACCCAUCGCCUUCCCGCGGGGGCUGUGGAGGGCGUCUCCGAGACUGGCUCCCGCUCCCCGUCGGGCGAGACCCCCGGCUCCCCCCACCCUCCGACCAGGCCUGGCACCUGUGCCUCCCUGCGAGGGAGUGAGCGGCGGCAACAGUACACGGUUCAUUUCCGGUCUUCAUCUUCAUGUUUUAUUAUGUAAAUACUCUCUGACGUUCGGAGCUCGAGUAUACAGAAUGUAAAUAGAGUUCUCGUAUUUGUACUAAUUCUGGUUCUUUUGCUGUAUAGCCCUCGAUGUGCAAUGCAGACAUUACCUAACUGUGUGUAGCCUUGCAUCACGGAACUCGGUGACCGAGGUCAAAAUAAUAAAGGUACAACCAGUGCAUCA